AUGCAAUACCUAAGAUGGAUGAAAACAUUUUCAGGCAACCUGCCGGCUAAUGGACCGAUGAUUGCAAGUAAACAAGAAACAGUGCAAAUAACCGCCGCAAGUGAAGCACCUGAGAGGAUCUUGAACGAAACUACCAAAACUCUGGAAAACGAUGAUCCAGUUGGACUGAACAUAUCUGUAAAAAUCGGACCAUUAUACAGUUUCAAAAUAAACCAAAACCCUAACGGUUCCCAUUCUCCACCAGUAAUUCCGCCUGUGAACGCAGAAAAGGAGACGAAUUCUGAUCGCAGAGAAAAGAAGGCUGAGUCUGACGCCACAAAAAGUACGACAAAAUCAAACAGCAAAACAAAGGAGAUAGAAUCUGAGGGCACAACAAAGAAGACGAAAUCUGAGGGCACAACAAAGAAGACAGAAUCUAAGGGCACAACAAAGAAGAUGGAAUCUGAUGGCACAACAAAGAAGACGGAAUCUGAGGGCACAACAAGUGCAAUCAUAUAUGAAACUACGCAUGGGUCCACGGUUACAUCUACGCAUGGGUUCACCGCAGCACCUGAUUUACCGACGCAGAUCGACAACUGGACUAAGAAUCUGGCACCCAGUAGUCGAGUUGAAAUCUCUGUUCGUGUAGAAGCUAAUUCAUCGUACAGUUUCAGUGUAACAGACGUCGUUGAUGCGAAACCAACUAAACAAAUUCAAGUUAAAGUGACAAUGUGCAAUGCUAAUGAGAGUGAUGCGCAACUCGUGAAUUCCUCGAAAGAUGGUUUGUAUGAAAUUUCAGCAACUGAAAUACAGCGUUUCAUCAUUAAGUUCAAUUGUUCACAUAAGAGUCGAGUGAGACGUAGUUCUGGAAAGAGGGACUACCAAAUGGAUUUAUUCAUCUAUGCAGAUAAAGGGAGCACUUCUAAAAAUAUCACUAUAGUUGGUACACUAACACCUCAAAACCAAAACGGGAGUACUCCGCCACCUACAACUGACAGAUCGUCCACCGCAGCACCUGAUUUACCGACGCAGAUCGGCAACUGGACUAAGAAUCUGGCUCCCAGUGGUCGAGUUGAAAUCUCUUUUCGUGUAGAAGCUAAUUCAUCGUACAGUUUCAGUGUAACAGACGUCGUUGAUGCGAAACCAACUAAACAAAUUCAAGUUAAAGUGACAAUGUGCAAUGCUAAUGAGAGUGAUGCGCAACUCGUGAAUUCCUCGAAAGAUGGUUUGUAUGAAAUUUCAGCAACUGAAAUACAGCGUUUCAUCAUUAAGUUCAAUUGUUCACAUAAGAGUCGAGUGAGACGUAGUUCUGGAAAGAGGGACUACCAAAUGGAUUUAUUCAUCUAUGCAGAUAAAGGGAGCACUUCUAAAAAUAUCACUAUA